UGCGACUCAUGAAGCAAAUAGGAGGGGCGAGUAUUGGGGAUGCCACAGGAAUGAUCCAUUAACCCCGCACAGCCCACAUCCGCAUUUAUGGAUUAGUUUCUCCUGAAGUGUAAGCCAUCAUAUUUAUUGUUUUCUCAUCACUGAACUUACUUAAAUAUCCCCACUUUGCACGCGGAGCACAUGACGAAGGACCAGAGAUGUUCUGAAUGAAAGGAGGAUCUGGCAGCCUUUCGAUAACAAUGCUGGAGAACUUGAGCGGAGCCCACAUUGAUCGACCCGCCCCUAGAUCAUCCACGUUCAGCUUCUCUGCCCUGUUUGCUCUGCCACACCACCUUCACAUGGAUGGGAGCAGUCAUCCAUUCAGGAGGACUCUGUACCGGUUGAAGUUGGUAAGUUCUCCAAAUCUGAGUCAGCUGGGGAAAAAUGAAAAGGCUUCACUGGAGGAGAGAGGAUCAGGCCCUAAUGCCACAUGGAACAGCAUUCACAACGCAGUUAUUGCUGUAUUCCAAAAGAAAGGACUGGCGGACAACGAACUCUAUACACUUAAUGAAGGCGUGAGGCAGCUAUUGAAAACUGAGUUGGGCUCAUUCUUUACAGAAUACCUCCAGAAUCAGCUUUUAACUAAAGGCAUGGUCAUUUUACGGGACAAAAUAAGGUUUUAUGAAGGUCAGAAGUUACUGGACUCUUUGGCUGAGACAUGGGACUUUUUCUUCUGUGAUGUUCUCACCAUGCUUCAAGCCAUCUUCCACCCCGUCCAGGGGAAGGAGCCAUCGGUGCGUCAGCUGGCCCUGCUGCACUUCCGAAACACCAUCACCCUUAACAUGAAGCUGGAGGAGGCUCUGUCCAGACCACGAGCCCGCGUCCCUCCCUCCAUCGUCCAGAUGCUUUUGGUGUUACAGGGGGUUCAUGAGUCCAAAGGUGUGAGUGAAGAAUACCUGAAGCUGGAGUCUCUCAUUCAGAAGGUGGUGUCACCGUACCUGGGCACGCAGGGACUGUGUUCACAUGAGUGUGGCGCCUCUCAGUGCUCCUGUGUUAUCGAGAGGCGUUUGCAGUAUUGCUGGUCCAAGUCUGCAGACCUGCCCUCCAGUAAUCCAGUAGUGCGCUCCAAGAGUUACAACAUCCCCAUGCUGACCCCCGUGGCCGAGUACGACUCUGAAGUGAGCUCUGUGGGCAGCGUCGGCAUCCGGCGUCACUCUGCAUGUGAUGUCACUUCCUGCAUAGAGCCCCAGGGCUAUUCGGCCCUGUCUGUGGGAAUAGAGACCAGCUCGACCCCCAGGCUCUCACUCGAUCACGACCUCACCCUGUCCGGUGUGAUGCGAGGGGCCACCGGACAGCCCGCUCUGAUUUCUCCACCCGUCUUCAUCCACACCUCCGCAGGGUGUCUGCAUGCAGCGGACACCCCAAUGGCUUCAUCCGAGGUGGACAAGGCGCUUUCGUCGCCCCCGAGCUGCUCCUCCAGUCCGGAGACGAUUGUAAUGCAGGGGCUGGACUCACUGGAAUCGGAUCCUGACGGAAUCUUCAUCGACUUUUCGCACUGCCGCUCCGAUUCUUUCGGAACGAGCAGGAAAACUAGCUGAUGGAAUCAAUUGCUGUGAAGAAUCCAUUUCAGAUGUUUCAGAUUAUAAACUACCACUAUUUUCUGUGAACUUGUGAAGUAGCUAUGUACGUUGUGAUUUUUAAAACUGGAAUUUCAUUCCUGCUUUGCGCAAAAUCCAAGGCCGCUUUGUGGGAAAAAUGGGAGAAGACUCAGUUUAAAGUGAUUGUUUUCAUAAUGUUCUAAACCUGUGGUUGAAUUUUUGAAUUUUCUAGUUAUUCAUAGACAGUUGAGGUGGAAUGUCUCAAUUUUAAUUAAUACACAUUUUACUGUAUAUCAUUUAUAGAAGCUUAUUUCCGCAAUGGAAUAAAAAAAAUUAAAAAGAGUGAUUGCGGCUUUUUAUCUCGCAAUUUAGAGCUUAUAUCUCACAAUUAAAGACUUUUUCUUAGAACUGCUAUAGAAAAUUGCAAGAAAAAAUUCACCAUUAUGUUUUGGGGGUUUUUUUGGCCAAAAAAAAAAAAUGGGGGGUAUCAAGUCAGAAUUCAGAAAAAAAAAGUCUGACUUCUAAGAAAAAAAAAAGCUUAAAACUCAAAAUCUUGAAGGGUUUUAAGAUCUUGAUCUCGUCAUUUGCGAGAUGUAAACUCUAAACUUUAUCAUUUGAAAUUGUGAGAUAAACUCGCAAUUGUGAGGAAAAAAAGUCAGCUUUUUAAAAAAAAAAAAUUCCAUGGCAGAAAUAAACUUCCAUACUCAUUUUGUUUAAAGUUGUAGUCACAUUUACUGUUGUUUGUCGAAUUUUCGCAGGCGAAAUCCAGUUAUUUCAAUAGGAAUUCACACAGUUGGGAGUUUCACGUGAGGGAGAAAGAAUUCGCAAUGGGUUCAUGUUUUUCACACUGAUUUGCCACGUCGACCAUCAGAAAGCUGAUUGGUUUAUAUGUUCUUCUGUGUGAGGUGUGCUUUGUACAUCAGUACCCAAUCAAUAGACAACUGGCCUUUUUAUUCGCAAAAUUGUGACUGCACCUUAAAUGAGCUUCACGUAUCGUAAUGUGUUAUGAGACGACAGUAUGCCUAAAUGUAGAAAUCUCUUCCAUUAUUGUCACUCUUGAUCACAUGCACUAUUUAUUAUUGUCAUAGGGCUUUAAACGAACUACAUUUAGUGCUUUUUAAUCAUUGUCAAGCUAACCUGCACUCUUAAUGGUAUGAAAAAAAAUUAGUCUCUUAAUCUGUGAGAAUAACAGUUGCUAAUGAUUAUACAGUGCAGAACAUUGUUCGUCUUGAACACACUGUUUGUUUCUUAAGCUUGUUGCUUUUUUUAUGUGACUAUGAGCUACCUGGAAGUCAACAGGGUUUGCUAAUUGAAUGUGUUAACGAAAACUCCCUUUUAGUUAGUUGAUAAAAUAGUAUAAAUACAGAAAGAUGGUGUUAGAUGAAAGUGGAAUGCAAAAUGUUACUUUUUGACUAUAAAAGGCUAUUUUAUAAGAAGGUAUUUGUUAAUUUUAAAAGACUAUUAUCUGAUUUCUUUAAAUGUUAAUUUAAUUGGUAAAUACGUAUAAGUAUAAUUGGAUAAACGCAUAUUUGAAAUUGAAAUUAUGCGUAAAAGCCCCAUUGUAUAAAAAAUUAUAAGGUACUUUAAAGAGUUUUUUGUGAUUUUUGUUUCUGUUUUCUAUGUAUGUAAGCUUUUUGAUUUAUAGGUUAUAAGAUAAUGAAUUUCUCUGUAGUUUUAUAGAUUUGAGAUUGCACAUACUUGCAUAGAUUUUUACACAAGCAACAUUUUUUAGAAAUGUAAAAAGUUUACAGUGGUACUUUAAUACCUUGCACUGUCAUUUCUGAAGUCUGUGCUUACUUUCAUACUGAAUUUGUUAUCAGCUUUCAUGUGUGCUGCUGUGGACAACCUCAACAAGACUGAAUUUGUAGUAAAAUACUUUUAUGCUUCACGUU